CAGAAAUGCUCGUCGCCAAAUAAAAUUUAUUCAUCAGUAAAAUCAAUGUUUAUUAAUAUACAUGACACAUUAAGAUAAAAAUUUCUUCAAGCUCCAAAAUGAUAAAAUCAGAUUCGUAGAAACACAAGAUUUUCCACCUCUGUCUUGUAGGCAAGAAGAUGACAUAUCCGAGUACGUGAACAUAGAAUAGGAUAUCAAGCAUGAAACAACUAUUCAACGACUGGAAACUCCAUUAUCUUCCAGCUUUCAAGAGGAUAUUUACAGAGUGAAAAAUCAAAGAAAAAGAAGAAAGAAGAAAAGAGGAAAGAAAACUACUGACAAAAAAAAAAGAAAGAUAAAAAACAAAAAAAGAUUGAAGGAAACGAACGUGGUCAGGAUAAAGGAGCGGGAAAUUUUAAAAAUCAGAAAGGGCAUUGUGAUUAAGAAUAAAUCUGUCUACUUAUCGGACUGCUUACAACAAUCAAAAUGAAUAGCAGUAACAGCAACACGGCUUAUCCGGAUGCAUAUUUCCCCAAUGACUCGUUUAAUGAAACCGAAAGUCAUAUGGGGAGACCUAACCUGAUUAUGUGGCAGCCCUGGGUUCAGGCCUUAUGUAUUCUGCUGUAUAGCUUAAUAUUUUUGCUUGGAUUAUCCGGAAAUUCUCUCGUUGUCUACGUGGUUUUGAGAAACCGAGCAAUGCAAACGAUUACAAAUAUUUUCAUAACGAACCUUGCUAUAUCCGACAUCCUCAUGUGCUUACUAGCUGUGCCCUUCACGCCUAUAGGAUAUUACAUGACGUCGUGGGUUUUCGGAGAGACAAUGUGUCACUUGGUCCCUAUGACAUUAGGACUGAGCGUUUAUGUUUCGACUUUAACCUCGACCGCCAUUGCAAUCGAUCGUUAUUUCGUUAUCGUCUACCCAUUUCGACCCAGGAUGAAAAAGGUCACUUGUUUACUUCUGCUUAUAGCUAUUUGGAUCAUAUCCAUCUCCAUAUCUUUGCCGUUAGGCAUUUACCAGCAAGUUGAUACAAAGGAAAACGGUACAAUAUACACAUGUGAAGAGAACUGGCCCCGUAAGCAGUCACGACAGUUUUUCACUUUGACAAGUUUGGUACUUCAAUACAUCGUGCCUUGCUGUAUUAUUGCUUACUGUUACACCAAAGUCUCAAAUGUCCUUAAAAUGAGAACCAAAAUGAAAAUUUCAAUGGGUUCAAAAUCCCGAGAAAAAGAUGAACUUGAAAUUAGAAGAAAGAGACGGACCAAUAACAUGCUAAUUGCGAUGGUCUCGAUAUUUGUCUGCUGUUGGCUACCUUUAAAUAUUUGGCAUUUGGCUACAGAGUACCAAGAAUUUCUUGAAAAGUGGGAGUAUUAUAUAUUAAUAUUCUUUAUUGCUCACAUUAUUGCCAUGAGUUCCACAAUGUAUAAUCCGUUCUUAUAUGCUUGGAUGAACGAUAAUUUCCGUAAAGAGUUUAAAACGGUUGCCCCAUGCCUAUUUCCCUCGUCCCCCGAGCCAACCUCAAAUGGUAAUUUCACUCAAUAUACCAGCAUUGUUGAAUCGCAUCCACCAAGCCACUAUAACCCUCAAUCAAAUCGGAAAAACGAAAACGAAAACGAAAACGAAGGUCCAGCAAAUGCAUAUUUUGAUUCCAAUACAGAGAAAGUUCAUCUAAACAUUGAAGAAGAUGAAGAAGUAGCCUAAAGAGGAAGUUCUGUGUUUCCGAUUUUCAAGUGAGAGGGCUUCAAAGUCUGCUUAACGAUUAUAAUGAUGAUAUACUAGAGUAAGUUAAGAAAUGGCAUGUUUGGCAUCGACUCUUGAAAUAUUCUUGUUAAACCGACCCCAAGCCAAUGGUGUUUUUCGAAGGCAAAGUUCUAAAAAAAUUGCUUGGAUUGGGAUAACAUACGUACAGAAAAAACUGAAUA